UUCAUUCAUAGAUUUCAAAGUUUUCAAAUCAGAUGGCUAGCAUAAGAGAUGCUGAUUUAUCCUUAUGGCUACAUAACAAAUUAGGGCAAUUAGAUGAUCAUUGGUCGGCGAAAAUUAUAUCCCCUCAUUUAAACCCCCAGACUAUAACAAAUGCUGCAACUAUAUUAAAUAACUUUCAACCGCAGGUCAAAAUUAAAUUUCUCCUUUCGUUAUUGCAUGUAUCACGAAGAAAUAUUGAAGAGUGGAAAAAUGAGAUUGACCAAUUUAUUGAAGUGGCAUCAGAAUGUUCAGAUCAAUGGUGUUCAGCCUUAGCAAAAUUAUUAAAAUCAUAUCCAGAAAAGGGUAUUAUUAAUUUUGACAAUGAUGUUAUGGAUGAAUAUUUUCCAAAUUUACUAGAAGAAAUACAAAAGAUCAUAGAUAGCAAUCCAGUAAAUCAUAAUGUUACUCCAUCCUUACUUCCUUUAGAAAGUUUAUAUUUAAAUAAAAAUGCAUUACAAUCAAUAACUGGCUAUCAACCAACUUAUACAAAAUAUUUUGCAUUGAAAAGAAAACCAAAAUCAGCAAUUUUAAGGGCUGAAAUGCUGCAGAAAGCAUCUGAUGCACACAUUCAGGCCAAAUCAAAGAAUCCAAUGGGUGCAUUAAUACCAAUAAAAUCAAAGGUUGCUAACAAAUCUGAAGCAUCUCAAUUCUUAGACCUUAAAUUCAAAUCCCAAACAACAAAUUCAUCCAGUAAAGUUACCAAGCAAACAUUAAGCACAACCAAAAAGGAAGGUGGCAAAAUUAAAUUAUUGGAUAUAUCUGAACAACCUCUAACUACAAAAGACGCAAAAAAACGAAGAAAGCUAGACGAUAUCAGUUUUAAUUUCAAUCUUCAAACUAAUAACCCUGGUGGAUCGCACAACCCUGCACCCUUCUUCGACGUGCAUACAUUGAAUCCUAAUCACGUGGCAGCCCUCAGUAAUUUUUCGAAUGCUGGCAAUGUACAGAUGAAACAAAAUAGUCAGGUGCCAGAUAAUUUAGCCGCUGCUUCCUAUAAAAGUUAUUCCAAUAUCAUCGUUAACAACCCCAACGUCGCCCAGGCACCCGAUAAUACCAAUAGCCCGAGCAAUAUAAACACGAGUAACAAUAUCGAUAGCGAGGACCUCAAUACCAAUUUGGUAUCUGAUGCUAAUAAAUCGGUUCCUAUUAACAUCAACAACCCUAAUCUGUUAAAGCUCACGUCCGAGCAAAUAGCCCACGCCCAAGAAAUUUUUAAGGAUGCCAACAAAGUCUCGGCUCCAGAAAAGGCUCUAAUCCUAGCGUUCAUGUCGGGGAUCAGAGAUAAUCCUUGUCCCAAUCAAGGGCACGUUCUGUCUAUCAAACUCAGCGAGAGACUCGAAGAGGUCAACCUAUCCCACCAAACAAGUUCGGACGCGGCUUUGAACAUCGCCAACUCCCUUAUCACCAGGUCUAUAAUGGUGGCCCAAAUAUUUUUUCAAAUGAAUUACGCCACGGGUGAAUGGAAGCGAGUUAAAACUUACAGGAAUUUUGUCGAAAACCCCUUGAUUGGCAACGACGAAUCACAUCACGAAUUAACGAAUAAUUAGUUUAGAACAAGUCAUGAAGCAAUUAUCAUUAGUUCACUUGCUCAAAAUUUUUUUUAACAGAAAAAUAGCGGGAUAUUGCGAAUUAUCUAAUGUGCGAAAAUCAAAUUGUGUUUCA